AUGUUACCCGAGCUUCCCUUUCCAGUCAUUUUAGGACACGACUGGUCAUAUAAUAAAAGCGGUGGACAGAAAACCACUCCUGGGGCCAAAUUGGGUCUUGUAAUGGGUGGACGAGACGCCAUCCCCGCGGCUCCCACGCCGUGCACUCAGGUAAACAAUGGUGACGUCAGUAGCCAGGGGGAAGAUUCUCUGGCAUCGGACCCUGACCCGGAAGAGGAUCCGGGGGAGGGCCCGAGCCGAGGAACCAAUGGCGGCCCCGAACAUACUGACCCUUUGGACACUAUGAAUCACCAGUUCAGAUCUACUCUCACGUCAUUUAAAAGAGAACAGUGGAAUGAUAAUUCCCUGGAGUUUGCCAGGAAUGCAAUUGUUUCCAUUGAUGGCCAGUUGUCAGACAGUUCCUUGCCACCGGAGCCCUACUUUGUGUUAGAAAAUGAUCUGUUAUAUCGGGUCGCGAGUCACGAAGGCGGAGUGCGGAAGUUGUUGUUAGUACCGCGAACUUUCCGGCGGGAGGUUUGCGAUCUAGCACACACCCACCUCCUGGGUGCCCAUCUGGGGACCGAAAAAACGCUAGAGUGGAUUAAACUGCGUUUCUAUUGGCAGGGAAUAAAUGAGGAGGUCCGACGCUUCUGUCAGUCCUGCCCGGAGUGCCAGACCUGUCAGAUUCCUUGGAGGGACCGUGCUCCUCUGUUUCCUAUUCCCCUCGUUGACAUUCCCUUUGAAAGGAUCGGUAUAGAUCUUGUUGGACCCCUGGAGCCUUCGAACCGUGGCCAGAAAUAUAUAUUAGUCAUGGUUGAUUACACGACUCGGUAUCCAGAGGCGGUGCCGUUGCGCUAUGCCAAUUCAAAAAAUAUCGCACGGGAAUUGGUCAAACUUUCUUCUAGAGGAAUUCCACACCGGGGGCCGCGUGAUGGUGUUCGUACCCUCCUCCCAUUCCAAAUUGUUGGCCCAUUGGUAAAGGAGCGAAAGGGGCUGGUCGACUAUUUGGUGAAACAACCGAAUUGUAGGCUGACCGAGAGGGUGUACCACGUGAACUUACUGAAGCCGUGGAGAGAUCGGGAGGAGACUCCGCCCUCCGGUACAGCCCUCUCCCUUUUUGCAGAAAAAUCAGCCCUUAACCUCGGUCCAGACCUAACACCUUCCCAACGCCAGGAGCUGGAACAAGCGAUCCGGGCCGUCCCCGAAGUGGUUAGCGAGUCGCCUGGCUGUACUUCACUGAUUGAGCACGACAUCAUUACCGAGCCUGGGGUGGUAGUCAAGGAGAGACCCUAUCGCCUCCCCGAGGCAAAACGUAUGGAGGUGGAGCUCGAAAUCCAGCGGAUGUUGGACAUGGAUAUCAUUGAGGAGAGUUAUAGUCCCUGGUCCAGUCCUAUCGUCCUCGUUUACAAACCAGAUGGUUCCUGGAGAUUCUGCAACGACUUUAGACGUCUGAACCAGGUCUCCAAAUUCGAUGCCUAUCCCAUGCCUAGGGUGGAUGACCUACUUGAACGCUUGGGUAAGGCUCAAUAUCUGACUACACUUGACAUGACCAAAGGUUUUAAUAUUAAAGAAUUUCUCUUUGCCAAAACAAUGGCUUUUGCUGCUGAAGAAAUUAACAACAAUUCAAAUAUUCUUCCUGGAAUUUCUAUGGGUUAUAAAAUAUAUGAUGACUGCAGUUCAGUUCCUUUAGCAAUGAAAGCAGCAUUGGCUUUAGUAAAUGGCCUAGAAAAAUCAGUAACCAAUUUUUCAUGCACUAAACCUUCAAACAUUUAUGCAAUUAUAGGAAUGUCUGAUUCAACGCCAACCAUAGCAGUCACAACAUCUAUUAGAUCGUACCAUAUACCAGUGAUAAGUUACUAUUCCACAUGUGCAUGUCUCAGCAAGAAACUGGACUUUCCAACUUUCUUCAGAACUAUCCCAAGUGACUAUCACCAAAGCAAAGCCCUGGCACAGCUUGUAAAGCACUUUGGAUGGACUUGGCUUGGAGCAUUAAGCAGUGACAAUGACUAUGGCAAUGCUGGAAUAGCAGCAUUCAUAGAAGCUGUUCAGAAAGAAGGCUUGUGUGUGGAAUACGCUCAUUCAAUUUAUAGAAACAGCCCAAGAGAAAAAGUCCUUACUCUUGUGGAUAUUAUGAAAAGGGCUUCCUCCAAAGUAAUUGUUGUUUUUGCCACAUUCUCAGAUUUAGAAGAUCUGAUAAAAGAGCUUUUUCUUCAGAAUGUCACCAGCCUUCAGUGGAUAGGAAGUGAAGGUUGGAUUUCAAGUGAGUACCUGGCAACAAAGGAGAAUUACAGUGUUCUUAAGGGAGCACUUGGACUUGCAAUCAGUAAUGUCAUAAUACCAUCAUUGCCAGAUUAUUUGAACGAUAUACGUCCAUCUGAAAUUCCUAAGAGUAUUGAUUUAAACAUGUCUUGGGUAAGUGCCUUUAAUUGCAGCUUAGAAACUGAAGUCUUGCGCAAUAUCUCAUGUAUAGAAGCACCAAGACAGAUAAGCAACCAAUACACUGAUGUUCCUGAAGUCAGAAUUGCCAACAAUGUAUACAAAGCAGUCUAUGCAAUUGCACACUCUCUGCAUAGUCUCUUUGAAUGCCAGUGUAAUUUAACAAAUGAUACAUGCAGUGAUAAAAGCAAAGUUGAACCUUGGCAGGUGUUGGAAAAAUUGAAAAAAGUUAAUUAUACCACAAGUUAUGGAGAGAAUGUGUACUUUGAUGAAAAUGGAGAUCCAGUAGCAAAAUAUGAUCUUAUAAACUGGCAGAUGAGUGAGAAAGGGACUAUAAAAUUUGUCAAUGUUGGUCUCUAUGAUUCCUCCUUACUAGCGGGAAAGCAGUUCUCCAUGAAUAAUGUUAGCAUCAUGUGGAGAGAUGGGUAUAACAAGGUGCCUAAAUCUGUCUGCAGUGAGAGCUGUCAGCCAGGCACACGUAAGGCUGUGCGAAAGGGUAAACCUAUAUGUUGCUUUGACUGCCUAAUAUGCGGUGAAGGAGAAAUCAGCAACACGACAGAUUCAAUAUUUUGUCUGAAGUGUCAACUGGAAUAUAAAUCCAAUGAACAAAGAGACCAGUGCAUUCUAAAGGAUAUUGAAUUUUUAACAUUUGGAGAAAUCAUGGGAAUAUUAUUGGUCAUAUUAUCAAUUUUAGGGACUAUGGUAACAUUAACUGUUGCUACUGUGUUUUUUAAAUAUAGACAGACUCCAGUCGUGAAAGCAAAUAAUUCUGAGCUGAGCUUCCUCCUACUUUUCUCUUUGACUUUUUGUUUUCUUUGUUCUCUCACUUUUAUUGGUGAACCCUCUGAUUGGUCGUGUAUGUUACGACAUACAGCUUUUGGCAUCACAUUUGUUCUUUGCAUCUCUUGCAUUCUAGGGAAAACACUGGUUGUACUGAUGGCAUUUAGAGCUACACUCCCUGGCAACAACAUCAUGAAACUUUUUGGUCCCAGACAACAACGUUUUAGCGUGUUUUCUUUAACAGCAAUUCAAAUCUUGAUUUGUGCCUUAUGGUUAAUGCUAUCACCACCCUUUCCUAUAAAAAACAUGCAGCACUACAAUGACAAGAUCAUUCUUGAAUGUGACUUAGGUUCCGCAGUGACUUUUUAUAGUGUUUUGGGAUAUAUUGGCCUUCUGUCUAUCAUGUGCUUUAUUCUGGCCUUUUUGGCUCGAAAAUUGCCGGAUAAUUUUAAUGAAGCUAAAUUUAUCACAUUCAGCAUGUUAAUAUUUUGUUCAGUGUGGCUUGCAUUCAUUCCUGCUUACAUCAGCUCACCAGGUAAAUAUACUGUGGCUGUGGAAAUUUUUGCUAUUUUAGCUUCCAGCUUUGGUUUGCUUUUCUGUAUUUUUGCCCCAAAAUGCUACAUUAUAUUGUUAAAACCAGAAAAAAAUACAAAAAAAGUUUUGUUGGGGAAAAAUCAACCAAAGGCAUGUUGA